UUUGAAGGAAUAGCUUUGAGUUCCUUUCUUUUGAAUUUUUGGUUCUGCGCGAUCUUCAGCUUCAGGGAGGCUUUUCUUCUGGGAAGCUCUCAAAAUCUCUGCUUUCUUUGAUUGUGAAUUGAGUUGAAUGCUUUCAAUUGGAUGCCUCUGCUUCCUGAAUUUGCUACCACUGUGCUGUUCAUGAGAACACCAGAACUUUUGACUUGACUAGUCAACAGCCAGGGCAAAGGGCCAGUGGGUAUAGUAAGCCUACGGACAUGGGCUGCCUGGUGUCAAUUCCGAAUGACUCUGGUGGAAAUAGAAGGAGACCACGGAGUAUUGGGGAAGUUUCAGUAUAUGUUCCUGGUCUAAGAAUUCCUAAACCUGUUGAUUUUGCUCAAUCACUUGGUGAAUUUUUGUCCAAGAGUAUUGUGGAACGCCUAUCUGCUCUUAGAACACGAAUAGUUGUAAUGGCAGGCCAAGAAGGUCCCACAAUUACAAGAACAAAAAGAAAUAGUGCUACCCGGCAUGGUGGUUCAACAUUGGCUGAUCUUCUGCAGGCUCUUGAAGAUUACUUGCCAGUUCUUCUGGGAUUAGUUAAAGAUGGAAGCAAUUUAAAAUACAAAGUACAAUUUGUCUGGGUGAAUCAAGAAGAUGAUAAAGAGGAAACAACAAUGUCUAAUGCUUGGUAUGAGGUGUUGUCAGUUUUGCAUUUGAUGGCAAUGCUAUUACUAUCACAGGCUAAUUUGUUACUGCUUCCAAGAUCAUCCACUGAUGGUUAUCAAGCAAAAGUAUCAGAAGAAAGCAGAAGAGCUUCCGUUGAUAUCUUCUUAAAGGCUGCUGGAUAUCUGGAUUGUGCUGUCAGACAUGUUCUUCCACAGUUACCUGCGGAACUCAGGAGAAAUUUACCAGUAGACUUAGCAGAAGGAGUUCUUCGAGCGCUCUGUCUACAAGCAUUAGGACAGAUCACCAAUCACCGGUUGAACGGUAAGAAUUUUCUGCAAUGGUUUCAAUCAGUUAAGUUGGUCAUCCUGGCAAAGGGUAAGAUGGGCUAUCUUGAGGGAAGAAUUAAGAAACCUACUGAGAAUUCUCCUGAUUAUGACGAUUGGGAGAUUAAUAAUUCCUUGGUCAUAGCUUGGCUCACUAAUUCCAUGGAACCACAGAUUGGCCAAACCUAUCUGUUCUUUGAUACUGCCAAGGAAAUUUGGGAUGCUGUUCAACAGAAUUACUCCGAUCUGGACCUCUCAAGUUUUUGA